UUACUGCAUUGAAAAAAUUGAGCAAUCAACAUUGACUUUUUAAAACACUUCAAUAAAGUAGACUUUUUGAUAUAUAUAAAUGAAGCAUAAAAUUUACGUCUAAUGUUAAGAUUCUAAAAACUCCAGUGGCCACUGUGGUAAUCAUCCUCCUUAGAUCUAACCAUCACUUCAUGAGAAAAUGAGCUGGCAUAACGGUAUUAAGAUAGAACGGAUAACGCCGCAAACUGACGGUUACAAAUUUGCGAAGAAUAAAGUGCAAAGUACUAUCAGCCAUGAAGAUAUAUUUUGUUUCAAUAUAAAAAGCAUUUAUAGAAUCAAGAACAAGUACACUUGGGAGCGAUAUCAAGAUAUGAGGGAUGACAUUUGCGAUGACCUUGACGGUUACUACGUUAAAGAAAUGCACCUUUUCCACGGUACACCCUACGCAAGGGAAAUCGCCGUUGAAGGUUUCGACCAGGGUCUUGCAAAGGCAAAAGGAAUGUUUGGAAAAGGGGUUUAUUUUGCGGAGCACUCAUCAAAGAGCAACAACUACGCUUUUGGUGCCUUCAAAGGUUGUCCCAAGCACAACAAUAAGAAAUGCGAGAUUUGCAUCAGACGAAUUUUGAUUUGCAAAGUUGCUCUUGGAAGAAUUUAUAGGACAAAGAGAACUGUGAAAUAUCUUCCUGAAGGAUAUCAUUCCGUCAAAGCCAUACCAGAUACUGGAUUUCUGUUGCGUCCCGAGUACAUAAUUUACAAUGACGAACAGGUUUAUCCUAGCUUUUUGAUUCAGUACACCGCAACCUACAAGAAAAAACCACCAAAGGUUUCUCCCUAUCCUUUAUACCGAUCACUUGCCCCACCAAUUCCCACACCCACAGUCUACGAUAUUACUCAGGCAUGUAGUUCACUUAGCCUCACGCAAACCGCAGUUGCUGAAGAUGCAAUGUGGAUAACAUACUUGCAGACGAUGUCCAACCUAUCCGCUUCAGCCCAGAGUUAUUAUUUAUAUUUUUUUGAUUAAUGACAGUAGCAAUUUUGAAUUCCUGCUGUUUGAAUGUGGAUAAAAGUGUGAAACGCUAUUUAGAUUUUCCAUGAAUAUUCACUUUGAAAUGAUUUUUAACCCAUUUUAUUUUGUACGCUUUGGUAAGGAUAGUCAAAUUUAAUUUAAAUUUUUUUAAUUGUCUAAAGAGGACAGGUACUUAUUAAACAAUGUAUUUUAAGUGGAAAAAUACGCAAUAAUAAUAAAAAAGGGGGUAAAACAA